AUGGAGGCUUCGGAAUCUACCCACCCCACCCCAUUGGCCUCGGACCAGCCAGCCUCUGGACCUGGCAUUCCAGGCGGCCCAGGUGGGCAGGCCUCACCUCGACUGACCCUGGGUCCUGUCAUCCUGCCACCAGAUCAGGGCCUGGCCCCAACUGUGUUCUUGAAGGCCCUGCCUGUCCCAUUAUACCAUACGGUACCUCCCGGGGGCCUCCAGCCACGUGCACCCCUGGUGGCAGGCAGCCUGGAGGGGGCAAGCGUACCAUUCAUUCUCAGCCCCGUACUGCAGCCUGAAGGGCCCAGUGCCACCCAGGUGGGCAAGCCAGCCACCCCAGCCCUGACUGUGAACAUCGUAGGCACAUUGCCUGUACUCUCCCCAGGGGUGGGGUCCGCCCUGGUCAGCACAGGCAGGGUGAAGAAUACUGGUAAGCACCUGUGCCCACACUGUGGCCGGGACUGCUUGAAGCCCAGUGUGCUGGAGAAACACAUCCGGUCCCACACGGGCGAAAGGCCCUUCCCGUGCCCUACCUGUGGCAUCGCCUUUAAGACCCAGAGCAAUCUGUAUAAACACAGGCGGACACAAACACAUCUCAACAACUCCCGCUUGUCCUUGGAGUCCGAGGGGAGUGGGAGCAGCCUUCUGGAAGACGGAGACAGGCCCGGAGAGACUGACUCAGUGACGAGUCGUGGAGAUGAUGGGGCUCCAGGAAGAGCCCUUUCCCCAGGGGCCCGCCCCACCCUUGCUGCUCAGAACAGGGAAAGCAAGGUGGAAUCGACCCCCUCUCUCGGGGCUGCCCUUUCCCACAGGGAGGCCUCUGUGGAUCAGACCCAGAUGGCGUCACCUGAGUUCUCGAUAGCCAGCCCACAGCCUAGGUGGAAGCUGCCAGAACCAAAGCCAUGCUUCCUGCAGCGACAGCAGGAGACCUGUUCAGAGAAGCCCUGGGACCCCAAGGCCUUGGAGGGCCAGCUGAGGAAGUGUGAGAGCACAGACUCUGGUUACCUGUCACGCUCAGACAGCGUGGAGCAGCCCCCUGUUGCCUCUAGCCCAUUGCAUAGUCUAUCGGAGCACAGUGCGGAAUCUGAGGGGGAAGGGGGCCCUGGCUGUUCCUCUUCAGGCAACAGGGCUGAACAGGGAACACCAGGGCCCAGCCUGGAGACAGAGAAGAAGAAACUGGAGGAGCGAAUUGCGCAGCUGAUCUCUCACAACCAGGCGGUGGUAGAUGACCCACAGUUGGACCAUGUGCGGCCCCGCAAGACCGUGCUGUCUAAGCAGGGCAGCAUUGACCUGCCCAUGCCAUAUACCUACAAGGAUUCCUUCCACUUUGACAUCCGGGCGCUGGAGCCCAGCCGCAGGAGGGCUGCCCUCAGCCCUGCCCAGUCCACCUUCACACCCCUGGAAAAGGCCAGACCCCUCUUUUUCCACUCAGUCCCCACGCAGCUCUCCACCACAGUGGAGUGUGUCCCUGUCACCAGGAGCAACUCGCUGCCUUUCGUCGAGGGCUCUAAGUUGUGGCCAGAUCCACGGGACCCACAGGAUGCUGUCCCAGGGAUGCAGAAGGCCCUGAGCCCCAGGCUCACCCCAGCCCGGCUGGGAUGCCGUCCAGGACUGACCUUGGCAAGCAUCCCCAGCGGUCACCCACGGGCCCUGGUGAGACAGGCUGCUGUGGAGGACUUGCCAUGUACCCCCACCGGAGACCCCUCAGCUACUGCUGAAGACCUAGAUGGAAAGAGAGCUGUGGCAAAGGAGGGUGUGGUGUACAAGGGCAGAGCCAGUAAGAAGUGUACUCAAAGGAAGCAAAGGAUGUUCUCCCAGGAGAAAUGGCAGGUGUACGGAAAUGAGACCUUCAAGAGAAUAUACCAGAAAACGAAGACCAGCCACCAGGGAGGACAGAAACACAGGGAGGUGAAGCAGGGACAGGGGACAGAACUGGACCUUCCUCCUCCUCAGGAACAGGUAGGAGGAAGUGAGGAUGCAGGCCUGUCCCAAGACAAUAGGAUCCCUAUCCUUAGAGACACUUCAGCGGGGGCUAAGCUAAGAUCUUGGGGAAGUCGAACAUCCCUGGAAGACUCACUGGAGGCUGAGUCUCCUAAGCAGCUGAAGGCGAUGGACAGAGUCAAGUCGCCUCCUACCCUUGGCAGCACAGAUGGCCUCUGUUUGAGUGGCAAGGGCUCUUUGCUCUCUCCAAGUGGGAAAUUGGACCUGGGAUGCCAGCUGCUUCCAGGGCCCAGGCCUUGCCAGAGAGGAGACAUAGAAGCUCCUGAGAUACCUUCAGCAGACCCGAGUGGUGAGGCUAUAAAAGAAACCAGUCCUGGGACCCAAACUGUCCUCAGACAGUCCAGUGGUGGAUCUGUGGCUCUACAGGUUGUGGAUGACAAGUUGCCUUCAGAGAGGAAGAGACUGAAGGUGGAGGGGGUGGACCCUCAGGAGCAGCCAGGGCCUCUGGAAGCUGAGACCUCAGGAGGCUCUGUGCAGGCUGACCCUCAGCCAUCCCAGAAACAGGAAAGUGACUCUGAGGAGUUGCUGGGUUGCUCAAAUAAGAGUAUCCUGCAUGUGACCACAGCCCCAGAGCCCUCAGAUGUCUCCUCAGCGGCUUCUGCUGUUGCCAUGAGAUGGCCAGGGCUAGGGGACAAGGAUUCCCCAUUGUCUUCUGGACCCAGGACUCCUGGACUUCACCCCCUGCUACCUGCCAAGCCCCAGGAUCCUGUUGUCCCUAAUGCUCGGUCAGGUGGCUCCUUUGCUCCCAAAUAUCUCCUCAGGUUACCUCAGGGAGAGAACUCCUCACGGCUAGUUGUAUCAAGGCCUGGGAAAGGCCCAGACACUCUGUGUACAAGUAUACAGCCUGUAGAACAGACCCUUCUCGUUGGAUCAGAACUGGGAAUGCUCCGGCCACCCGGAGCACACUCAGAUCCAGGUGAGGCAGGUGGCAGUGCAGAGGACUCUAGCUGGUCCAGGUCAAGGGAUGGAAAAGAAGAGACACAGACAGGAAGAGAGAAAAGAGACAGGACCAAUGACAGCAUCCCAGCGGCCAGACACUCUUCUGACCCCAGGACCAGCACCAUCCGGGAGAUAGCCUCCGUUCUGUCUACUCACACCUGUGACAUUCAUGUGGCCCAGGAUGUAGUGAGUAAGACCCAUGCCAUCCAUUGCCUGGGUACAAACAGCCCACCAGCAAGAGCUAGGACGUAUGGGAAUGUCUUAAACCCUUGGACGUCAUCCCAGAAGCUGGGAAUACUUCCUAAGAAUGUCCUAGAAGCUCCUCCUUCAGAAACCGUGGAAGGGCUGCCCGCCUGCUUUUCCUCUCAAGCACACUAUUUCCUUACAGCUUUCACAAAACCCCAGAGUAUUUCCUUGAACCAGCAGACACCAGCCUUGUCACACAUCUUAGGAACCCCCAGGAGCUGUGAGGCCCCAAGCUCCUUCCCCUCACUUAAGACUGAGCCCCAGCUCACAUGGUGUUGCUUGAAUCGCAGGCUGCCCCUGCCUGCAGAGCAACAGAGGGCAGCUCCUGGACACUUGGCUUCAUCUUUGCCUAACAGAAACCUCCAGGGUGACGGUGACAAAGCACUGCCCAAGAGCUGUGGAGGAAGGACCCAGACGAACCGAGGAGGAGAAGGCUCUACGCAGGCACCUGAGCUUCCCUAUCCAACAGUCCCAGGGCUGAGGGCUGAGGACCAAGGGUCCAGACCACGGUGGAAGAAAGAACUGUGGCGUAGGAGGGUGAAGACAUCUCGUGAGAACACCAAGCAGAAGAAACUGAUGCUUCAUUCCAAGAGGUGUGAAGGGAGUUUCUGGCAGAGAGCCAAGCGACUGUGCAAGCCACCCUGGUUGUCAAGAAGAAGCUGUCUCUCCCACCGACUUGAGGGGUUAGAACCACGGGAGACUCUUGGGAGGAGUUCAGCAGAAGUGGCAGGUCUAAAUGUACAAGGGGAGCCAUCUUGUGCCAGCAAAGACUUAUCUGUGGCUCAUGGAGACAAAGAAAAGGAAGGUGACUGUAGUCAGACUUCAGGACCCAUGUCUCCUGGCAUGAGCUCAAAAACCAUAUUGGAAAUAGACAAAUCAACUCCGAAGGCUAUUUCUCCAAUGGCUGAUGAGCAUAAUGACUGUUCUCAGGAGGAGGAGCAUGCUGAUGGGUCCAGAUUGUCCCCACAAUCUCAUAUGUACUUGGCAGUGUUUCAGGAAGAUCUGCCUCAGGGCAAAGGUCUUGAUGUUGGGCCUCCAGAAACUCAGCUGCUGCCUUCCCAGGAUCAAGCCUCCAUGGUUCCCAACUUGUGCUUCUCCCCAGGUGUUCCAGAUGCUCCAAAGAUGCCUUCUUCCUUUAGAUCGAAAGGAACAUUUCCCCACCACGAUAUUGCUACCUCUGUGGCUGCCAUCUGUGUUUCCGUGGGGAUAAGAACAGGGCACAAAACACUGGGGGCUCACAAUGCAGAGUCCUGUGCAGAGGAGUCUCUGGCACAAAACUCCCCAGACAGAAGAGCCACACCAGACAGCAUUCCACAGGUGUUCCUGCCAGGGAGGCCUUCACCUGGUAAACAAUCACCUGGGAAAUCUCUAGAAAUACCACCUUCAGAACCAAGUUCAGUCAGUUCACACCAGGAGGAAGCAAGAGGCCAGGUAGAUUUUCCUUUGCGGGGCCAAUACGGAUGUGGAGAUCUGGCCAUCCAGGGUGCGGUUUCAGGAAGUGAGAGUGGGACUUGUCGAGCCGAAGGAUUAAUUACCUCCAACACUGUCAUAGCUCCUUCUGACCCAGGACAAUCCUCAGAAGUUCCUGGGGAAGCCCCUUUGAGAUCCAUCCGAAAGAGGAGUUUGGAAGGGAUGAGGAAGCAGACACGGGUGGAGCUCAGUGACACCAGCAGUGAUGAUGAGGACAGACUGGUCAUCGAGAUAUGAUAUGAUUCCAGGGAAAGAUGGUGGCAAAUGGCCAAGGCCUAGGGGUCUUUUGGGAAAAACAUCACCAAGUGUCAUGGGCACUGAACUUUAUUUAUAAAACAUCUACAGACUAGGAAAGCCAUCUAUGAUUUCUUCAAGCCAACUAUAGCCAACACUGUGCCCAGAACCAGCCAUACCUUUCUUUAGCUUCUCUAGGACAGACCUUGGACUCUUCUACCCCACCCACCCCCACUCUGUAACCCCCUCCCCGGCCAGGCCUCCCCACUCCCUGGGGCCUUCUACAUUCACCUGGAAGAGUUAAAAUGGCCAGGAAGAGCCAUUGUGAGAGACUCUUCGUACACAGCUCCAACUUGAUGCCUAAUCCUCAUUGCCUCACCUGGUAAAACGACACCAAUCAGAAGAGCCAUAUGGGACUUUGUUUCUGACCAGUGAGACCCCAUUGGGUCAACACAUCUGACAUCACUGCCACUAAGUUAAGAGUGGCAAACACAUCUGGGAUCAUUGAGGUAGCUUGAGAGAAAAGCAUGGGGUUUGAACUGGGCACCAAGAUGGCUCCAUGCAGUUUGGAGACUAACUCCAGAUGCAUUAAGAAACUGGUCAGGGCCAGCCAUCUUCUUAAUGGACAUUGUAAAUAUAUAUCACAAUGCCUAAGGCCA